UUCCAAUGAACUGCCGUAGCCAAGGCGGCAAAACGAGUGGAAGCGAAAUACGACAAUAACAUGUAAAACAGAUGGAGGCCGUGGUCGCAUAAUGAUUACGUCACAGACGGCAAGGAACAAGGCGCUCGACAAUGGCAUCAGAAGACGAAAUUAAUCUCCUGGUCAUUGUGAUAGACGUCAACCCGAUUUGGUGGGGACAGCAGUCUCAGAGACAACCUGAGUUCACUCUGUCAAAAUGUAUGGACGCAGUGAUUGUCAUGGCGAACUCCCACCUAGUGAUGACGAGAUCCAACAAACUGGCCAUCAUCGCCAGCCACUGUCAAGAGAAUCACUUUCUAUACCCGAGCAAGCACUGGAAAGCUGGAGAUGCUUCUGGGGAUCAUUUAGCUGUGUAUGGUAAUGGUGACGGCAAAUACGAGCUGCUGUCUGUUGCUGAUGACGUAAUCACUGAAGAGAUCAGGAAUCUCAUGGCCAGAACACAAGUGAGAGGCCACCAGACUGACACGUUACUGGCCGGCUCCCUUGCCAAAGCUCUCUGCUAUAUUCAUCGAGUGUCUAAGGAACUAGAAGCUGGCCAAGACAUGAAAUCAAGGAUAUUGGUGAUAAAAGCAGCUGAGGAUUGUGCUCUGCAGUACAUGAACUUCAUGAACGUGAUCUUUGCGGCACAGAAACAGAAUGUCCUGAUUGAUGCAUGUGUGCUGGACUCCGAUUCAGGCCUUUUGCAGCAGGCUUGUGACAUAACUGGUGGUCAGUACCUAAAGAUUCCCCAGAAAACCGCUUUGGCGCAGUAUUUGUUGUGGGUUUUCCUGCCUGACGCAGAUCAGCGUUCCCAGUUGGUUCUUCCUCCACCGGUACACGUUGACUACAGAGCAGCUUGCUUCUGUCACCGCAACCUCAUCGAGAUCGGCUACGUCUGCUCAGUGUGUCUGUCAAUAUUCUGCAACUUUAGUCCAAUCUGCACAACAUGCGAGACGGCUUUUAAGAUUCCGCUGCCACAGAUGAUGAAAACAAAGAAAAAGAAACUCAAAGCGGCAAACUGAUCCCCUCUUCUGUGAUGUGACCUCAAAUGUUAAUUCAGAACUGAGUUUUAUGUGAAUGCGUUUUUUUAUUUGUGGGAAUAGAACUCAAAACAAUGAAAGUGCGCAUUCGAUUUUUUUUUUUUGUAAGAAACAUGCCUUUAACAAUAACAAGCUUUGAUUUGAUAAUUUCAGGGAAGUAUUAA